UCGCGCAGAAAGAAGAUGCGAGCAAGAAAUUUAGCACCUGAUUGUUCUUCGUCCUUUUCAGCGGCGGAUCUGCACGGAAACGCCCCGGAGUCCCAUGACAUGUCUACCUUUCUAAACCAAUUCUUGCACCAAAAGCACAUGCUUUGCCAUUCUCUACAACAACCGGAGCCAGAGCCACAACCACCUCCACUAUUUUCAGCAUGCGGACUCUUCUCCGCGGAGAAUCGUCACCGGUCGGGCCGAUCCGAGUGGGAGUGCCAAGUCAGAGGCGGAAACUCGGGUGCCGCUGUUGAAUCGUCGUGCGGCGUCAAUGUCUCCGAUCCCGGCUAUUCUUUUAAGGACGAGGUGAAAGCCAGCACUGAGAACGCGUUUUGUUCGGCCGCUGUUGUGGAUUCUGAUGCAAACGAGAGGAGAGUUCCGUCUGAGAAUUAUCUCGGCGAGUUGAGUUGUGAUAGCGAGGAAGGUGCCGAGGGGUUAGAGGUUUUAGUGAAAUCAGUUCCGCCUCCUUCUUCAUCAAAGAGGAGCAGAGCUGCGGAGGUCCAUAAUUUGUCGGAGAAGAGGAGGAGGAGUAGGAUUAACGAGAAAAUGAAAGCACUACAGAACCUAAUUCCAAAUUCUAAUAAGACGGAUAAGGCUUCUAUGCUUGAUGAAGCGAUCGAAUAUUUGAAGCAGCUUCAGCUUCAGGUGCAGAUGCUAUCAGUGAGAAAUGGAUUGAGUUUGCACCCGAUGUUCUUACUGGGAGCACAGCAGCCUAUGCAGUUGCCUCAGCCAGGAGUAAGCUUUGUUGAGGGAAAUGGAUUUCUGAAUUCGGGGAAUGAGGAAAACUCCAGGGAAUCUGUUUUGAAUCUUGCCAACCGAUGCACACUCUCCAAUCAGCCAUUUGUCAUCCCUUCAGCGACGAACAUCACCAUUCCAGAAACCUCGCUUGGUUUUGAAGAAUCAGCUCAGGCACAUUAUGAACCAUUAAAUCUUUCAUCUUCCAAGUGGAAGGUUGGAUUCCACAAGCUGACUUGCCCGUCCAUGGCUUCCAUUCCCGUAGGUCAUGCACGGCCGACCAUGGACGGCCGGCGAUGGGAGGUUGGGACAGAUAAACGGCCAACGAUGAGAGGUUGGGACAGAUGGAUGACCGACAAGAAGGGAGAGAUCCCGGGAGAGGACGGCGUGCGGGCAGCCUGUGUAUUAGAUCGAGCAUAUCAAGAGAUCGAGGAAGGUUAUCUGCGCGCCUUGGACAAGCUGAAGUUGUCGGAAACAGGGGACCAAAUUUGGCCACCGCAUGAGAGGAGGAGCAAGUGGGGGAAGAAGAAGAGAAGUGGGAAGUGGAGAAAAAUGUCUGACUAUACGUUUCUGAACGAUCAGCUCUCAAAGCGCACCUCAAUCUUCGGUCUACGCUUAUGGGUAGUGCUUGGUAUAUGCGUUGGAGCAGCCAUAGUUCUCGUACUUUUCCUCAUAUCUCUCUGGUUCACCUCAAGGCGAAACAGCUCGUCAUCUUCUUCUUCUACUUCUUCAAAGCUCAAUAACAAGUCCUCUCAGAACCCCACCAUCCCAAACGUCUCCAAAGAAAUCCAAGAAAUCCGAAUCGAUCGUUCUCGGAACCCGACCCACCCCAACCCGGACUCGAACCCAAAUGCCUACCACCAGGCCUCCAACCCGGACCCAUUACCGGAAUCGGAGCAGUUAUGCUGCAGAGCUCAGCCCUUGCUUCUUCAGCCAGGGGAAGAGGGCCCGGUUAGUGGGCGGAACAGAAUUCACAUAGAAAUCGGGAAAGACCACCGAAUUUCGUACCCGGAGAGGGUUGGCGGGUCGUCACAUGGCAGCGGAGAGCCACGGUCUGGCGACCAGGCGAUGAUUGCGGCGCCGGAGGUCUCUCAUUUGGGCUGGGGUCACUGGUACACGCUCAGAGAGCUCGAGCAGGCCACCAAUGGGUUUGUUGAUGAAAAUGUGAUUGGUGAGGGUGGGUAUGGGAUUGUCUACCGGGGCGUUUUGGAGGAUAAUACCAUGGUUGCUGUCAAGAAUUUGCUCAAUAACAGAGGACAAGCUGAGAAGGAGUUUAAGGUUGAAGUUGAAGCAAUCGGACGUGUUCGGCAUAAGAAUUUAGUGAGAUUGCUGGGUUAUUGUGUCGAAGGAGCGCACAGGAUGCUUGUUUAUGAGUAUGUUGACAAUGGAAACCUGGAACAGUGGAUUCAUGGAGAUGUUGGCCCUUGCAGCCCUCUUACUUGGGAGAUUCGUAUGAAUGUAAUACUUGGAACUGCAAAAGGGUUGACAUACCUGCAUGAGGGUCUUGAGCCCAAGGUUGUGCACCGUGAUAUCAAGUCCAGCAAUAUCUUGCUUGAUAAGCAGUGGAAUCCAAAGGUGUCUGACUUUGGCCUAGCAAAGCUCUUGGGCUCAGAGAGGAGUUACGUGACAACUCGUGUGAUGGGAACAUUUGGGUAUGUGGCUCCAGAAUAUGCCAGUACCGGCAUGUUGAACGAAAGAAGUGAUGUAUAUAGUUUUGGGAUUCUUCUUAUGGAGAUAAUUUCUGGGAGAAACCCUGUAGACUAUAGCCGCCCUGCUGGAGAGGUGAACUUAGUUGAGUGGCUUAAAACCAUGGUUACAAAUCGGAAUGCCGAGGGAGUUUUGGAUCCUAAGUUACCUGAGAAACCUUCAUCAAGGGCGCUGAAGCGUGCUCUGUUGGUAGCUUUGCGCUGUGUGGACCCAAAUGCUCAGAAGAGGCCAAAGAUGGGGCACGUGAUACAUAUGCUUGAAGCUGAUGAGUUCCCUUUCCGUGAUGAACGUAGAGCUGGACGUUCACAGCGUGAUGGUAUGAGGGACAGGUUGAUGGAUAAGCGCAUAAAUGAAUCCGGUGACAGUAGUGGAUAUGAAAGCAGUGCUCUAACUAACAGGUGUUUGGAAAGAAAGCCGGAACCUGAAGAGCAGUAGCUUCUCCAAACUAAUGCACAAGGUAAUACACAUGCCUUGUCUUUUGCCUCUUCAUUUCCAUCCAGUACUGGAUUGUACAACGUCAUUUAUCUUGCCUGUAAAUGUUUUUUUGAUAAGUAUUUACCUUGCCUGUAAAUGUGAUUCUGUGUAAUAUGAAUUUGCACUGUUUGUAGAUUCUUUACUACUUUGUGCCAUUCGUCUGAAACACAAUUUUUCCCAAUACUGUCUGAAUGUUGUAGGGGAAAUGCUCUGACAUGAACUUUUUAUUUGAUAGGAUUUCUUUAUAUUUUU